AAGUAAGCAUCAAAGUUUCCUUCAUGAGAUUGAGAAUCAUUUCAUUUUCCAUUUCCAAUAUAGGAAUAACUCUUCCUUAGGACAUUCUUUCAACCCUUCUCAAUCAAACUCUUUCCCUCAUAUACUCUCUUUUCAAACCAAGAUCAAUCACAUACACUUUCAUUAGUUUUGUACCAAUAACCAUGUCUCGCUUGAGGCUAUCAAAGAAACUCAAACCAGCCAAGAAAGCAUGGAAAAACCUCUCAAACAAUUUCCAAUCAAAACUCCACAAACUCAACAUUCAAAAAGCUUUGAAAACCACCCUUCAACGCCUUCUUUCACUCUUCCAUUCCAUCACUCAUCUCAUAACCUCAAAAACUACUCAUCAUCGCUCUUUAACUUCUUCGAAAUCAUUAUAUUCCCCUUCAACUUCUUAUUACCAUUUUCAACAUAAAAACUUUGCACCUAUCCCUAUCUACAACAAACCGGGCAGCAGUAGUAGUAGUAGUAAUAGUAGUAGUAUUCUUCAUGCGCAAGUAAACACAAGUAGAGAGAUUGAAAAGGUGCAUGACGACGACCACAACAACAACAAUAAUGAGGUGAAUACUAUAGAAGAUGCAUGGAAAGCUGUGGUUGCUAAGUCUCCAAUGAUGCAUGUGGAUCAAAAAGCUGAAGAAUUUAUCUAUAAAUUUCGUGAAGAUAUAAGGCUUCAAAAAGAGAAAUCAUUGCUUGAAUUUCAUGAGAGGCUAGCAAGAAGUACCUAAUUAAUUUGAUCAUAUAAUUUUUAUAUCAUUCAUUUUAUAUUUGAUGUAUAUAGUAUAUGACUUGAUAUGAUAUGAUACAUAUCAUGGCUUGUUCUACUUUUUUCUUAAAUUACUUUCAUUGAGUUCUAUUGAGAAGCAAAGAAAUUUUUACUUUGUUCUUAGACAAUAAGAAGCAAGCAAGUAAUUAGCAUUUAGUUAAUGGUUUUGGAAUGAUGUGUGAAGUUAUGAAGAUGUAUAUCAAACUUGUGAGGUUUUUUUU